CUCGACUCGUGUUUUGCUCGCGGUGUGCCGUCUACUUAACUCCUUCUUCCUGGAGGAGCCGGCCCUGAAUCGCGCUGGCGUGAGUGUCAGUGCAGCUGUUCGCACGGAAUGCCGAGCACCGAGGGCCCCAGCGGCCCGACGGGCCUGGCACGCCUCGGAGUCUCAUUCAUUGCGGCCCUGGAAGCCUUUUUCUUCUGGCUGGGAUGCUUCAUCGGUCACCACCCAUUUUACGUCAUUUCGAGUUGUCUGCUAAUUGGGGCCCUCUUCUCCUCGGGACUGCAUAAUUUCACACAGGAGAAUCGACCAGAAAAACUUUGGAUUCCAUCUGACUCGCAUUUCGUGCGCGACUCCGAAUGGAUGAGAAACAAUUUUCCAAACAAUGUCCGCCCGCAAUUUGCCAUUUUCGAGGCGCAGGAGAAUAUUAUGACGAGUGAAAACUUGAUACAGAUUCUAGAUGUGAUAGAAGAAAUAAAAUCAAUCAAGGCAGAUGGCACAGAAUGGAGUAAUAUCUGCCUAAAAAUUCCAGUUGUGACUUUCGGUCAAGGUGGAGGUUUGAGACGGAGGAGAGCAGUAAACGAGUCUGAAUCAGAGUGGGACGACAUUUUUGGCAGCGACUUUGAUGACGCCUUUGAAGAAGAUCUGUUCAAGAAGAAAGAUUUCGGAGAGCCUUCGUUCCUAAAAAAUUUUGACCCAAGCGUGCACUUUGACAGAGCCACUUACUGCUCCUUCUUAAGUGGAAUGCAGGAGGCUUGCUGGCUGAGCUCCCCCCUGGAAAUUUGGAAUUACGACCGAGAAAAAAUCGAAAAUUUGGAUUUGGACGAAAUUUCAACCGCUUUAAAUGAAACCGACGUCAGCCCAGUGUUUGGAAUUCCGCGUGACUACUUGAAGAUGCUCGGUGGCGUGCAGAUGGAUCAAAACGGGACCGUGAUAGGCGCAAAAACUAUUUUGGUUACUUGGCUGGUGAAGAGCGACCCAUCAAAAGCCAGAGGAGAAAUCUCAAAUGAUGCAGGCACUGGAGACUCGGUGGCGAAAGAUAUUUUGAACUGGGAAGCAGAGUUCGUGAACAUUUUGAAUAAAAACAGAAAUGGCUCCAUCACUAUUUAUACCUUUUCUGGAAGAAGUUUUGGAGAUGUGAGCGGCACAGCGAUAAAAAAUGAUGCUAAGAAGCUUUCAAUUGGUUUCAUCAUUAUGUUCAUUUAUGUUCAACUCAUGCUUGGGAGAUUCAAUCUAGUGGAGCAAAGGGCGGUACUUUCCCUGAUCGGCAUAGGCAGUGUUGGAAUGGGCUGCGUUGUUGCGUACGGGAUUUGCUCUGCCUUUGGAAUCCCUUACGGGCCUGUUCACAACAUUCUCCCCUUUUUGAUGCUAGGCAUUGGGAUCGAUGACAUGUUUGUGAUCGCACAGUGCUGGGCCACUCUCGGUCCCGAGGUCACCACCCUCAGCCUGCCUGAAAAAAUGGGUCACACACUAAAACACGCCGGUGUGUCUAUCACAAUUACGUCGCUCACCGACUUCACCGCCUUUGCCAUUGGCGCCACCACCGUCCUGCCUUCAUUAAGGUCCUUUUGCAUUUAUGCUGCUGUUGGAAUUCUCGCAACCUACGUCCUCCAGGCAACCUUUUUCACCGCCUGGUUCUCCUUGGACCUCAGGCGAAUGUUGGACAGUCGAGAUGGAUUCCUCUUUUGCAUCAAAUACAAAAAUUACAAGCCAAACAAUUGCAGCCAAAAGGACCUGUUCAAAAGCGCUUUUGAAGCAAUUUUAGGAUCAUUUCUUUUCAAGACACCAGUCAAGGUCAUCGUCCUUGUAUGUACUGCAACUCUUCUGAUUUUCGGCUCGUGGGGACUCUCGAUGUUGCGCCAGGAGUUUGACCCUAUCUGGUUUUUGCCCCAGAGCACUUACCUCUUCAAGUACUUUGACAAGUCCAAAAAGUUCUACCCCAGCGACGGAGAGCCUGGCACCAUUUUCCUCAGCAAUUUUAACCAUUACGACCAUUUGAACUCAAUAGCCGAUCUGAUCGACAAGCUUGAAGAACAGAAAGACAUAAUUAAGGAGGUGGAUGCGUGGUACACUCCGUUCCAAAAAUACAGCAAUACCCAUUUCAAUACGAGUUUGCCUGGAGAAAAACUCAGUGAAGAGAGAUUUCAUGAUAUAUUAGGGAGAUUUCUUUUCAGUCCAACUGGCUCGAAAUAUAGAAUGAAAUUUAUAUUUAACGGCACCCCAAGAUGCUUGCUAGAUGCACCGCCUGUCAAGAUUUCCAGCUUUGACUUCAAGUUUCGGAAAUUCAAAGGAUCCGUUGAGCACGUGCCUGCUAUGAAUAGGCUGAAGAAGAUAAUUUCUCAGGCUGAAUUUGGAGACGGUGCUGUGGUAAAGGUUUGGGCAAGAGCUUUUGCUGGCUGGGAAACAGACGAAGUAAUCGCUGAAGAGUUGCUUCGUAAUAUUAGCUGGGCCAUGAUUUGCGUUUUCUUCACCACUCUGCUUCUCAUCGUAGACAUCAAAGCGUGCCUCCUUGUUCUUUUCUGCGUAGUUCUUACUCUAAUCGAUGUGAGCGGAAUGAUGCAUUUUUGGGGACUAACCGUGGACACCGUCUCCUGCAUUGAUCUGGUUCUCGCAAUAGGAUUGUGCGUUGACUAUGCAGCGCACAUUGCUCACUCAUUCAUGACAUUUCCCGGAUCUCGAGAGGAAAGGGCCAUAAAGACUGUCAAACAGAUCGGUCCUGCAGUUUUCAACGGUGGCUUUAGCACGUUCCUGGCUUUUAUUCUGCUGGCAGACUCAGACUCGCACGUGUUUUCCACCUACUUCAAGAUAUUUUUCCUUGUUGUCGUAUUUGGCCUGUUUCACGGUCUAGUUUUCCUUCCUGUCGUGUUGAGCCUCAUUGGACCAGCCCCUUACCCUCAAGUGGAAGAGCAUCAGCCAGGGAAUGUGUCGAGCUUGCCCAUGAAUGUGGUGGCCGUCGCUGAUAAUAAACCGCAGAAACUGCCAGAUAUUCCUUCUGUGAUAACGCAGUGCUAACUUCAAACGCAAAAGUUUUUCGUUUGCAUGAUCUCAUUCUCAACAUCCGUUGUCGUGUUAUGUAACAGGAUGCAUCAUUUAAUACUCUACUAUUAGGUUUCCAAGUGCGAAAAAUGUAACUUAUUCUCACGCAAGAUGACGAUUUUUUACUUACAUGACUUAUGAUACUCAGGAUUGUAUUAAUAAAUUGUUUUAUACGUCUA